GAGACAUUUCCGAAAGAGAAACAGUGAAAUAGUCCAUACUAUCAAACAGAACAAGCUAAAGACAAAGGAGUUUUUUCUUUCAGACUUGGAAACAACACAGAGCGUGCGUGUAUGUACUAAAUAAAGGUCGCUCAUUCCAGUUCUGAAAAUAAUAGUGGCGUGUUCACAAGGUCCAUUCAUUGUUCACCAUCAGACCAAUUGAGGCGAUGGCACAGGACGGACCUGAUCAGAUACUUCAUAGUGAAUUGUUCUCCACUUGGAACUUGAACCAACCGGUGAAGUUGCGGGUAAACAGCAAUCCCCCGGAUAAUUUACCACCCGUCUCUGUUCCCCAAUUGCUGAAUGUUGCCGUAUCCAUCGGUGGCAACCUCGACGCUUUGGCCGUCAAACGAGAAGGCUCAUGGGUAAAAUGGACUUACCAUGAGUAUCAAAGCGAAGUCUAUGCGGCUGCCAAAGGGUUUAUCAAAUUGGGAUUGCAAGCCAGACAUUGCGUGUCCAUUUUGGGAUUCAACUCUCCGGAAUGGUUUAUGGCCGAGUUGGCGGCUAUUCAUGGCCAUGGGAUUUCUGUGGGAAUCUAUCCAACCAGUUCGCCUGAAGCCUGCAAAUACAUCAUGGAACAUAGCCGAUCUCAAAUCUUGGUGGUAGAGAAUCAAUCUCAGUUGGAUAAAUUCGCUCCCUUCUUGAAUGACCUGACAGAAUUAAAAGCAAUCAUUAUGUAUGAUGGUCAGCCCAAGGAUGCAAAGACCUUAAAAUGGAAGGACUUUAUCGCCAUGGGGAUGGAGAUAGACGAUGCUGUAUUGGAUGAUCGAAUGAAGAACAUUGCCAUCAAUGAGUGUUGUCAUUUGGUCUACACCUCUGGAACAACAGGGAUGCCCAAAGCUGCUAUGCUCAACCACGACAACUUGACCUGGACUGCUGGACAGUUGACGAAGAUUUAUUCCUUGGUUUUAAAAGGGGAACGGAUUGUAUCCUAUUUGCCGUUAAGUCAUGUGGCUGCCAAUAUCACUGAUAUCUACCUUCUCAUGGCCAUCGUUGGGACCGUCUUCUUUACGGAUCGCGAUGCACUUAAAGGAACAUUGAUCAAUUAUGUCAAGGAAGCUCAGCCCACUUUCUUUCUAGCCGUUCCCCGUGUUUGGGAAAAGAUCCAGGAGCGCAUGUUGGAAGUAGGACGUGAGAAUAAGGGUCUGAAGCAAAAAGUCGGCCAAUGGGCUAAAAAGACCGGCCUAGAUAAGAACAAGAAGUUAUUGAGUGGCAACCCGAGGGCUGCCUCAACACUUCAGUAUAAGAUAGCCAACAAAUUGGUCUUCUCCAAGGUCAAACAGCAACUUGGCUUUCAUAAAUGCGUCAAUUUCUUCUCUGCGGCUGCCCCACUUGCCACGGAUGUGAUCGAAUACUUCAUGAGCUUGGACGUGAGGAUCAUGGAAAUUUAUGGGAUGACCGAGUGCAGUGGACCUCACUUAUGCACUAGUCUCCAAAGCCAAAGAGUUGGAACUGUUGGACGUGAAUGCCCAGGUUUUUGGAACAAAAUCGAUGGAACCGAAAGUGGCGAGAUCUGCAUGCGAGGACGGCAUUGCAUGAUGGGCUAUCUGAAAGAUGAGGCCAAAACCAAAGAGAUCUUCGACGAGGACGGUUGGCUCAAAUCCGGAGACAUCGGCACGGUUGAUUUAGAUGGAUUUGUCAGCAUUACUGGCCGGAUCAAAGAGAUUAUCAUCACGGCAGGUGGGGAGAAUGUGGCUCCGGUUGUCUUGGAGGAGAAUAUCAAGAGUCAGUUGAGCUGCAUAAGCAAUGCCGUAGUGAUCGGGGACAACCGGAAAUUCUUGUCUUGUUUGCUCACAUUGAAAACGGAGAUUCACGCGGAAACCAUGAUGCCGUUGGGAAACCUGGCACCCAACGCCUUAAUAUGGCUUCAUGACCAAGGAAUUGACGACGAAGUGACCACAGUCCAGCAAUUCGUCAGUCAUGCGCUAAUUCAAGAGAAAAUCCAAGCCGGAAUAGACCGUGCCAAUGAUGUGGCCCCGUCUAGAGCACAACAAAUCAAAAAAUGGAUCAUUCUAUCCGAAGACUUCAGCGUCCCUGGCGGUGAAUUGGGUCCCACUCUCAAGCUGAAGCGCCACGUGAUUUCGGAAAAGUAUGCGACCACAGUUAAUAAGCUUUACAAGUGAUACACAGAUGCCUGCCCGUCUCAUACUUUUGGUAUUGAUGUUAGUUGGAGUGUACGUUUUCAUCUUGAUGUUCUCACAUCUGAAGUGGAAGAAUCCGGACAUCAUCUGGAUGCAUUUAUUCGUGUGAAAAGAUACCAAACCUGCCUGCCCUCCCGUGGUUUGUUUGUGAGCAGUUCAUGGUAACUGAGUUUUACAUACUAUCGCCGCGACUUCGUUUCCCAUCAAUUACAAAUAAAAACUUUCCCUUAGACUUCA